CUGCCGACUAUACCAUAAAUUAUAAGUGAGGCUUCAUAUAAGUGUUGUGACGAUUGUAUCAUCUCUGCUUAGCUUAUGCGCUUAAUGAGAAAUUGAGCUGGAAUAAGGAGUGAUAUUAUAAAAGGUAUGAAACAAUGCGACGUGAUAAAGAUAGAAUCAAAGUGAGAGCGCAUUGUCAGUGUCUGUAAACUCACACAGAGCAUGAAAUAGGUCCCUAAUACUCUAUAACCGCUUACAAAUUUUGUGUUCUGAAUGACUGGUACCACAGUAUACCGCAGCUAGAAAUCCAUACCUAAACAAACGGUAACAAAAAUUACAAAUACCCCGGUUACCUUAAAUCACAUGCAAAGCUUUCAUUAAGUCAGCUACGAGUCGCCGUGCGUGUCCUCACUGUUAAUUAUCACAAUAUAUAAGUAUGAAAAUGAAAUAAAAGGGACCGCUUCAUACCGACAGCAGCGUAAAAAAUACGAGAAAAGAAAGAGACGCUUUUAAAAAAGAAAGGAGUGCAUUCCCCCACUUAGGCUGCCCCCUCCGUAGGGCCGCCCCUGAAGCGGGCGCCACCCAUCGCACCGCAAAAAUCGAGAGCGUCGGGAGCCGCGCGGGGUCAAACGACGAGCGUGAAAAGAAGGAGAGGUGUGCGACUUGCUUCACAAUAAAGCGGUCUAUUUGACAAAUUAAGCGCUUUAUUCUUUGAUAAGCUGCUAGCGCUGAAUGAAGCCAUCGCCUACCGGGUUACAAUCAGUAGUGUGCUCGCUCGCACACAGGGGCCAGUGUGCGUGUGCGCGCCGAGAGGGACGGGUGUCUGUAGAGAAGGACAGCGGCGCCAAUUACUAUCACCUGGCGGGCUGCUACCGCAUUACCCAUCGCCGCCGCGCGCGUGACCACGCGAUUCGCUCCAACCGCUCUGCUUGCGAUCGAUCGCAAUGCUUAUUCGGUCAUGCAUCGGACUUUAAUAGUGACAAAAACUGUGAAGUGACUGUGACAUUUACGUGAUUUAGUGAAAAUGACCUCCCAGUUUGCGUUUCGUGGAUCUCCUCCGAAUCAGAGCACCAUAUCGACAGCCUCCAACAGCCCACCUCCGGCGCAGGCUGGGAUGAGUGGCGGGGCGGGCGGCGGUGGUCCCGGGCGGGCUAGCUCACCCGCCGCUUCUGCGACCCGCUGCUGUGACACCGGCCGCCCCAUCUUCCAAGAUCCUAUCACAGGCCAGACGGUCUGCUCCUGCCAAUACGAGUUUCUCAACUACCAGCGGCUCGCGUCUGGUGUUCCUCUCUCUAUGUACAGUUCACCUUAUCCUGACGCGGCUGCUGCUGCCGGCAUGGCGGCCUACUUCCCAGCGCUUGCUGCUGACCAGCCACCUUUCUAUGCUAAUACGGCUGCGGGAAUCGAGCUGAAAGAAAACUUGGCAGCCAGUGCCGCGAGUUGGCCCUACCCUACUGUAUAUCAUCCUUACGAUGCUGCAUUCGCUGGUUAUCCUUUUAAUGGCAGAUAUGGAAUGGAUCUCAAUGGAGCAAGGCGGAAAAAUGCCACCCGCGAAACCACGAGUACGUUAAAGGCAUGGCUCAACGAGCAUAAGAAAAAUCCAUAUCCAACUAAAGGGGAGAAGAUAAUGUUAGCCAUAAUUACGAAGAUGACUCUUACACAAGUUUCAACGUGGUUCGCUAACGCCCGCAGGCGUCUGAAGAAGGAGAACAAAAUGACGUGGGAGCCCCGAAACAGAGUAGAUGAUGAUGAUAACAACAAUGAUGACGAUGACCACAAAAGCAACGACGGAAAGGAUGGAUUGGAUGGAAAAGACUCCGGCACUGGUUCGAGUGAAGAUGGUGAUAGGCCACAGCAAAGGUUAGAUUUGUUGGGUCAACGGACUGAAUCUGAAUGGUCUGAAUCACGAGCUGACAGCGGUCCAGAAUCACCUGAGCCAUACGAGCGGCCAAUACAUCCAGCGUUCCAGCAUCUGCCAUCAAGAGCGCCGCCGGGAAGCACGCCCGCAUCAGCAAAGCCGAGGAUAUGGUCUCUCGCAGACAUGGCAAGUAAAGAUGGCGAAGUGCCGGCCCCACCCGCCUCCGCGUCUGCCUUCUAUCAGUCAGCAGCUGCCGCGGCAGCCGCCCGCCUCGCUCAUCCAUACCGACCUGAGCUCUACCGCGGCCUUUACCCCCCGACGCAUCCAGCAGAUGUCGCCCUUCUGGAGUACUCCCGCUCUCUCGCUCUGGCUGCUCCCGCCCCGGCUCCCCCCGCGCCAUCCCCGUCGUCGUCCUCCACGUCGUCCCUUGCCGAGCCCCCUCCCCCCUCCCGCGCCUGACCGCUCGCCGCACGUCUGCACCUGGCGCACCGACAAUAAACGCGACCGGCCCGUGAGUGACGCGGUACACCUGUAAAUAUCAAUAUAAAUAUACAUACGUAUAUAUGCGUGAUAAUUUAUGCACCGGUAGAGAAGCUUAGAAUUGUGAUAGUGGACAGAGGCGAGCCGUGAGGUUGACAACUCGCAAACGACGUCGCUGCGAAUGCGCCGACUGACCGACAAUACUAGGUGCUAACUCAAAUUGGACCUUGCGAAAUGUUACUGUAGUUAUUAUUGGAGGUGGUUGAGAUGAAGUGAUUAAAUAAAAAUAGGUAUUAAUACGCGUAACGUUUCUACAAGAUAGACGUGACUAUUAUAGACUAUUAUUUAAUAUGUAGAGUGUAAAUUAUUAUUUUGAAAAUGUUCUCCUUAUAUUUAGUGCCUAAUUACGUCCAAUUUUCUCUAUUGUGUAAUAGUUUCGUAAACGUCUAUCAUACGAAUUAUAAUACUUAUUUAUUGAUACGAGGUCAGUAGUAAUAGCUGUUUGUUUGAGAUAUUAUCUACAGAUUGCAGAUUUUGAGAAAUCUGAUUUGUUUGUUUCUAGUCAGACGACUAUCAUUGUCUUUGUUAAACAUAAAAUGAAACGUUUCUGCGAACUACACUUUAGUAAGGAAUUGGUAUGAAUGAGAGGCUGGGUCACUAUUCCCAAUUCACAUUAUUAUAAUAAACACAGCCGUAGUAUAAAGUGAGUCAUUAAUUAAAAAAACAUUGAAAAUAUGGGAUAUGUCCCAGUCUUAAUUCCUAAGCAAAGAAUCCUUUUUUCAUAUGUUAAAAUAUCCUAUUUUAAUUUUAAAUUUAUUUUAAUGUGUCUAUUCAGAAAAAUGUCUUUAAUGGCCUUGUAUAAUGUAAUAAAUUAGUUGUAUAGUGAUAUAAACAUUUGUUUCUAUAUAGUGUAAAAUAUUUCCAACAUUAUAGAGACUGAAAGUCCAAAAUUGAGUCUAUAGUUUUGUACAUACAUACGUCUCUGUUAUUAGUAAAUAUGUAAUCAUAAAUAUGUAAGAGUGAUAACACAAUAAUAUCUGUAUCACCAGAUUCGCAUGUAAAUAAACAAUUAAAUGCGUGUGCAACGAACGUAUUUUCGGACUAUAGUAAUUAGUUAUUUGUGAAAAAUUCGAAAAAAAAAUAUGAUAAAUCAGUAAAUAUUCCUAUGUGUUAGUGAUAAUAUUAAAAAUUUAGACAGUUUUACGUUUUUAAUGUUUAAUUGUUCGUAAUCACAUGACACAUUCACAAAUUAAAUUAAGCAAUAUUGUUUAUAGACGGAUUUUGUGAGCUUCAAAGUCGUAACAAGAAGGUGUGUGAAUAGAUGCAAUAAAAUUUAAUACACAAAAUAAA